GUCUCCCUCUCUCUCUCUAGCAGAUGCGUCGAGAGGCAGCGAGGGACACGUCGAUGCAAACAAUGCCUCCGCCGCUGGUCCUCUGACGCCCGUUUUCGCCUUAUUUCCCGUUAGUUCCGAGUGCGUGGAGGUCGUAGCUCCCUGUUUUUUUUUCUGGUUGUAGACUAGAGGCCCAGGCAACACAAUGGGUGACAUUCAGCAGUGGUUCAGCAGCCUCCCCCCCAUGACCAGGACUUGGUUUGGGGGGACGAUAGCUUUAUCGUUAUUAGGGCGAUUUAACAUGCCAAGUCCCUACUGGCUUGUCCUGGAUUACAGUGCUGUGGUGCAUGGCUUCCAGAUAUGGAGACUUGCAACGUGUGUGUUCUUUUACUCCGUACAAAGAGGGUUUCACUUCCUCAUAAAUUUAUACUUCCUUUACAAUUAUUCACUGCGUCUUGAAACAGGCCUGUUUGCACGACGACCAGCAGACUACCUGUUCAUGCUUUUGUUCAUUUGGAUCUGCUCUCUUAUUGUUGGACUGCUGGGAAAUAUGUACAUGCUAAUGGACCCCAUGGUGAUGGCCGUUCUCUAUGUCUGGUGCCAACUGAACAAAGAUACCAUUGUGUCCUUCUGGUUCGGCACACAGUUCAAGGCUAUGUAUCUCCCGUGGGUGCUUCUCGCGUUUAAUGUCAUCAUGGGAAAUGGAGGCAUGGUAGACCUUUCAGGCAUUCUGAUUGGUCACCUGUACUUCUUCCUGACCUUCAAGUACCCACAAGACUUUGGUGGUGUCUCCCUCCUACAGACUCCACAAAUCUUAUACCACUAUUUCCCGAAUGCACGAGGAGGCGAGUCUGGGUUUGGCCGUCCCCCACCAGCCCCUAGAGCUGGAGGAGAUGAUGGCACUAAAUACUGUACUUGUACUUAA